CGUCCCGGGGUGACGGAGGAGAAACGGGGGUGAGCGGGCUGCGGGGAUGGGUGGCUCAUCCCAUCUUCCAUCUGCCGGGAAUGGGAAUGGGAACGGGAAUGGGAAUGAGGGGCUGCGACGGCGCCGCUGAGCAUCCCCGACGGCACUCGGCGGAGCUUUUUGGGAGCAAAGCUGCAGGGCGGGGAGGGUUUUGCUGUGGGAACGGCUCUUAAGUAACUUGGCCCGAGAGCAAGAAUGAGGAAGAUUAUGGUUGGUUUUUUUUUUACAACCCCUGCAUUGCUUUAAAAAAAAACCCCACGGAGAUCCGUACGGAUCCAGCGUGCUGGGGAAGUGAGUCACCCCCCCCUCCGUCAGCCCCCCGGCACGGCCACGGCGGACGCCCGGAGGCUCCGACCGUGCGGCGGCUGGAUCCCGGCCCUGGCGAGGUAACUCGGGCGCUGCAAAAUACCCCGCGGUUUUCCGUGCCGUGGAGCACGGGGCUCCUUCCCGGUUGGUUUUGGGGGAGCUCCUUCCCGUGAUGCCAAGGCGGGAGCGACGAGGGGGUGUCGGGGAGGAGCAUCCCUCCCCUGGGGAGCUUCGCUUUCAUGAGCACCGACAUUUUGAUGCUGAAGCAAGUCUUUCUCCCAGCUAAAAUUUGAUUUAAACUUUAGUGGGUCCCAGGAGUCCAUAUUACAGGUGCUGCGGGUUUGUGUCCCCCACUGGCAAUGCCGAACGGUUCCCAAGGAGCCCUCUCCCCGAGGCACCCGGAUUGCACCCAGCUCCCUUUCCAUCAAGCAGCACUUUUUCCUCUUUUCCCUUAAAUCCCAAUCUUAGUUUGGGGGGAAAUUUUACCCAUUUUUUGCUCCAAAGCCACCCAAGCAGCGGCUGCUGCUCCGUGGGAAGGUGGCAGUUGGCUUUGGAAAGCGCAUGUAGCUCCCUGACGCCCGGACAUCGCCGGCGGAGGAGCCCGAUGAGCUUUAAAGCAAAGCUGUGUUUAAUGCAAAGCUGGGUUUAACGCAAAGAUGGGAUUAAAGCAAAGCUGGGAUUAAAGCAAAGCUGAGUUUAAAGCAAAGCUGAGUUUAAAGCAAAGCUGGAUUUAAUGCAAAGCUGGGUUUAAUGCAAAGCCAAGUUUAAUGCAAAGCUGAGUUUAAAGCAAAACUGUUUAAUGCAAAGCUGGGUUUAAAACAAAGCUGGGUUUAAUGAGUUGGUGGCUCGUGUCAGCCUGAGCUUGAGUCUGGGAGGAAGUUGUUGUUCUCAGGGGGAGCUGUGAGAGACUUGGGGUCCCGGUCCCCAGCCGGUGGGACAGGGGUCCCACGACAGUCUGUGCACACUGCUGGGAAAGGGGAAAAUUGUUUUCCCAAAUUCCUGUGACUCUGUAAGCCCAAAUGUUUGCACUCUGGUAGCACUCGAAAGCAAAACCUGCUGUUGUAAAGAGAUGUUUUGCAAACACCCGACAGCGCUGUGAGUCACAAGGGCAUGGUGGGACAACCAGGGCAGGGCCGGAUCCUGAGAAAUUCAUCCCGCUUUCCAAAAUCCAGGCGGUCGCUGGCAGGGUUUGCGUCGCCCCGUCCUCGUGAGAUGCAUCCUGACAGCACGGCACGGCCGCGCUCCCAGCUCCCUACUCCUGGCCCGCGUCCAUGCUCCCGCGGUUAAAUUUCCUCUUUUUAAAAAAAAAAUAAAAAAUUAAAUUUUAUUUCCUCCUGACAUCUAGCGGCACGUCGCCGCAGAGCCGCUGAGUCACUUGUGCCCGAGCACCGGAGCCAUUGCAGAACACAUUUUCUGGGGGGGUUACAAAGGUUGUCCAUCCACCUCGGGCAGAGCCACCAAGGUCGAUUUAGCGGCUGCUGGUCCGGCUGCUUUUUGCAGGCGAAACAUUACGGCUGCGGCAUCGACCUCGGGACCCUGAUCGGAGGAUUUGCAAGGAUUUACGGGCAAUUUGAAGCUCUCAAAGUUUGAGAGCGAAUUGCAGAGUCGGUGGCUGGUUUUUUUCUCCUGCCUUUGCUAGCUUUGCUGCCUCCCCGCAAGCCCGGCAUGCCCCAGCCCGCUCCUCUCCAUCAGCCCGAAUAAAAACCUUUGCUUUGAUUAGUGCUGCAUGACCGCCAGCAUCCCCCCUCGCGGCUCUGCCCUUCGGGGUGUUGCGUGUGAAUUUAUCACCUUUAGUCCUUUUUUUUGGUAGUUCUGAAGGACCCCAGACCUUCGUCUGGAAGGAGCUGAUGCGAUGGAAGGAGACCAGCCCCCUCUGACUGCAGAAGAGCUGACAACCCCCUUCCUGAAGAAGGCUCACACCCCACCUCUCCACGAGGACGCCAACACCGUGGUCAUCGCAGUUGUCAUCACCCUGGUGUUCCUCACCCUGCUGACGGUCCUGGUGGUGAUCAUCAUCUACCUGUACAGAAACAAAGGCAGCUACCUCACCUACGAGCAGCCGGCGGCAGAGACCAACGUGUCGGUGCAGAUGGAGGAUGCUCCAUCCAAAGAGAAAGAAGAGUAUUUUAUCUAAGGUUUUAUCCAAGCCACCGGGCCCGGCGCGCACCUCUCUGAUGUGCUCAGGUCCAAGGUUCCUAAAGUUCCUGGAGUUGGAGUUCUACAAGCUGGUUUUGUUUUGGGUUUGGGGGUUUUUUUCCUUAAUUUAUUAAGCCAACCAUGGAAGGAAAAAUAAAUAGGUGUGUGUCAGAGCUUUGCCCGUUGCUGCCCGGAGCAGACCCAGGGCAGGGAGCACUUCGGCUCAGCGGAGGAGAGCAGGCACUGCCACGCUCCGGCUGCUCGCACCCACCCCAUCUCCUCCCUUUGGUGCUUUCCAAUACAGCCCAGUGACAAAGGCUUGAAGAGUCGCUGCUGUUUUCUUUUUCCUUAUCUCACAAAACAAUUAAGUUAUUCUGCUGAUGAUUUAGGGGUGGGUUAAUUAGCAUGGCUAAUUUGGAGGCUAAGGUUAAGCGUGCAUGUAAAAUAGGCUGAUGGAUCGUGCAAGUUACAGAAAGCCCCAUUGUAACUACAAACCCGGGGAAGCUCGUCCCUGCCCCGAGAGGCGCCUGACCUCGGCAGGCUCGGGGAAAUCAGAAGCGGAGCAGGUUUGUUUCGUCCGCAGAGCCGGCUUUAGCACCGACACAUAGGUGCAGGCAGGCAGUGACAUUAGUUUUCCUCUGCUUUUGCUACGCACAAAGAUGGGGUGAGGAGCAGCUCCAGACGUCCCUCCCCUGCUCCCUUCUCAAGGGCAGUUCCUCCUUUAAAUCAACACCACCACCCCCCAAAAAAAACAACAAACCCAAAGGAGGAAGUUCACAAAAUAGCAGCGAAGAGGAAAUAAGUGAAGAAACCCUAAGGCUUGCAAUGGGCAGGAACCAAGGGGUUUUAUUUGAGGUCUAAUGCAAAUUUGCUACUUUAUUCAAAUUUUCAAAAUAGUCUUUAUUCUACUUUUUUUUUAGUAUAAAAAAAUCCACAAGUUAAGUGCACCACAGUGUAUACAGAGAGAGACGUAAUGCUGAACUUUCAUAACAGUCAGUUGUAUGGUUAAACACAACAUAUACAGGACACAGAUUUAGAUUAAACUGAAACCUCAAGAUAAAAUAUAUUUGAAUCUGGUAUUUUUCUUCAUAAAACAAAACAAAACCAAAAAAAAAAAACCCAAAA